UUAUUUAUCUUUGCAUUCGUACCUUACGUCGUCGUUUUGUUCAUGUUUAUCAAAAUUGUAAUAAAAUAAAUGUUUGGUGCAAGUUCCAAAUUAAUGGAAUACAUCAAUAUAUUCUUCUCGCAUAAUUCUGCAUAACUCGAUCGACAAUGGAGGUGACUGGCGGCGAGGAGGAGGGCUUCGUCCGCGAGUGGGCGCCGUGCACCCAUAUGUUGAGCUUGAUCCCUCCUCGCGUGCAAAACGGGCUGUUUUCUAAUGAAUUGUGCAUCACAUGUAUCGACGCAGUCCCUGAAUACAUCGCCCUCGGCACCAACGUCGGGCUCGUCUACUGGUACGACAGGAAAAAGGGGAAUAUUCAGAGGCUAAGAUGCGAGGUUUCAUCAAGCCCCAUCACAUAUGUGAAGAUAGUCAGCACAGUGGACUACAUGGUGGGUGCGGGGAACGCGGCGGGGCAGGUCACUGUGUUCCAGAUACCGAAGGAGCAUCCACACAACCUCCCCGACACACUAAAGCCCAAAGUGGAGCCCAAGGUUGAGAGGUAUACAAUAGGGGACCUGCACAAGAGCAGGGUGACGGCCAUAGAGUGGUCCAAGAAUGGGAUGCGGUUGUUUUCCGGAGACAAGAAUGGUGUCAUUAUCAUGACUGAAAUAGAUUUUUACAUGCACCUGUGCAAGUCCAUGGAGAUAGUGAACGAGGAGCACGAGAUAGUCCAGCUGAGCUACAACCAGAACACGCUGCUGGUGUCGAGCCUCUACCGGAGCAUCGUGUGCGAGCGGCGAGACAACCGCUGGCACCACUGCCAGGUGGGCAAGCGGGACAGGAAGAGCCUGUCCCGUCUGGGCGGCGUGUUCGUGCACUCGUACGCGGCGGGCGCGGCGGCGGCGGCGGCGGCGGCGUACUGCGCGCGCGGCGCGGCGCGGCUGUGGCGUUGCGACAGGCGGGGGGAUGUGCUGCAGACGCUCAUCUUUAAGGAAGCAAUAAGCAACCCGCUAACCGUCGUCGAACUACUCAACCCGUCGCAAAAGAAGCCCUACGACCCGGACAGAGAGCACAACUUCGGUCCUCUGCACGUGUUCCGGGAACAUUUCCUGGUCACGUACAAUGAGGAUGUACUUUAUAUAUUGGACCCGAGGUCGUUGACCGCUAUAGCUACUGUUGACCAGCUGAGGAAGAUCAAGUCGGUGGCGGUGUCCGGCGACGAGAUCUGGGUGGUGGAGGGCGCGCGGUCCGUGCUGCGCCUCGCGCGCGCGCCCGACGCCGCCGCCGCAGACGAGGCGGUGACCCUGAUGACGAAGUCCCUGUCGUCGCUCCAACAAGCCGUCAACACCGUCCGGGAAUUCUCCAUCGACGCCACAGUCCCCUUCAUCAGCAGCGUCCUCGAGCAGCCCAUCUCUCUGCUCACCAACAACGAGUUUCUGGACGCGGCGACCAUAGCCAACGCAGAGGAGUGCUUCGAACUGCCGCCGAUUAAAAACCUACCGGCGGACAUAGCUGGGGACGUUCUAGAAUCGAUUGUGAAUGAGUUCAAAGACGUGUCUGAUACGGAGGAGUUGAGGAAGGCGAGGAGUGAGGAAUUGGAGAAGAAGUUGAAGAUGUAUAACAGUAUAAUGGAGCAGAAGUGCGACGAGGCGGUGAUACACAGCCGGCGCAGCAGGCGGGGCGCGGGGGCGGGCGCGGGGGGCGCGGGGGGGCGGUCGCCGCGCCACGUCACGCCCGCGCGGAGCGAGCGCGCGCCGCCAGAUGGCGUUAGUUACACGUCGCCUUGUGUCAUGAAUUUGAGCGUUUAUGGUAAUAUUCCACAAGAGCCGGACGACGUCCUUGAGAAGCAGAUCGAAGAGAAAGAGAAAAUUCUCGCCAAGAUGCUCAACAUUGAGUCUCUGAGCAUCAAACCGUCCUCCACGACGCCAACCAACGGAGACAACGAAGAAAAUACAUCACUAACCUCCAAAGAACAAGAACAUCCGGUAACCAGUAGUGAUGUAGAAAUCCAACCGGAAAGAAAAACAGACAUAGUGGAUAAACCGGUCAAUACCGAAAAAACAACGUCGACCGUUAAAAAACUCGUAACGACAAAUAAGCAGCCUAAUCCGAUGGAUUUGGUUCCGAAACUAGUCAAGUUGCCUAACAACUGGAAUUUAGGUGAUUUUGAAUUAAAGCUGGAAGUGCCGGACAAGGCUGUCAGCAACGGACGCCAGCUGAUGUCGCCCGACGAACACAUCGAGAGCGAGUGGGAGUUUGUGUGAUGAAUGGUGGAGUAAACCAUCGCACUGAACAAUCAGAGGGUCUAGUACAGG